AUGACAAAAUCAAGGAGUAUGUCAGAAGAGAAGACCAGGGAACUUGUUAAAUUCAAAAAGGGACUUCCACAGGAAACAGCAAAGACCACAAAGAAGUUAAGGCAACCAGCAGACCAUGGCCUCAUUGGCAGAUUCACAUCCAGAUCUCUUUCUGAGAUCCUUUCUGUCAAUAUUUGGGAAGGACAUAGAAUAAAUAUAUUAUGCCUAGAGAAUUUAAAGGGUAUUGAGUUUUCCCUUCUGUUACUUCUUUUUGCAGAUGUGAACAGCAAGGAAAUGCAAAGUGGAAACCAAAUUUCUGUGUCUCACUUCAUUUUGGUGUGCCUACACUACCCACCACAGUUGGGGAUUUCACUAUUCCUAGCUUUCCUUGUCAUCUAUGCCCUCACUAUCUCUGGCAAUGAGCUCAUCAUUCUCACUGUCUUGGUGGACACCCAGCUCCACCGCCCGAUGUACUGGUUCCUAUGUCACCUUUCCUUCUUGGACAUGACCAUUUCCUCUGCCAUUGUCCCCAAGAUGUUAGCUGACUUUCUCUUGGAUAGUAAGAUGAUCUCUUUUGGAGGCUGUGUAAUCCAAUUAUUUUCUUUCCAUUUUCUGGGCUGCACUGAAUGCUUCCUUUACACACUCAUGGCUUAUGACUAUUUCCUGGCCAUUUGUAAGCCUUUACAUUAUGCUACCAUCAUGACCCGUAGAGUUUGUAACUUCCUGGCUUUUGGUACCUGGCUGAGAGGCACCCUGCACUCACUUUUCAAAACAAGCUUCAUGUUCCGGCUGCCCUUCUAUGGUCCAAACCACACAGAUUACUUAUUUUGUGACAUCCCUGCAAUGCUGUGUCUAGCUUGUGCUGACUCCACCAUCAACAAACUGGUCAUCUUUGUAGACAUUGGCUUCCUGGCCCUCACCUGCUUUAUGCUUAUCCUCACUUCCUAUGGCUACAUAGUGGCUGCCAUCCUGUGGAUACGGUCUGCUGAGGGGCGCUGCAAUACCUUCUCCACUUGUGCUGCCCACCUCAUUGUUAUUAUUUACUGUGUGCCCUUAGCCUUCAUUUGCCUUCAUCUUGGCUCACAGGAACCUCUGGAUGAGGUGGUAGCUAUCUUCUACACUGUCAUCACUCCCUUGCUUAACCUCAUCAUCUACACACUCCACAACAAAGAAAUGAAGGCAGCAUUAUGGAAGCUGAGAGGUUGCAAGGUUUUGCAGCCUCUAUGA